AUGGUCAUGGCGUUACGUUUAGAGCUGGCGAAACCUAACUUACGAGUUUUGUUUCAAAUCAGGGCUGAGCAGGAGAGUGAUCAGGGCUCGGCAGAGGAAGAAAAGUCAUUUGGCUUCAAGCCUCUCAAGGAGAAGAAGAAGAAAGGCUCGGCUCCUGCCACGCCUGCUACUCCAGCUACCGGAGCUGGUAGAGCUAAUCAGAAAUCGGCAGAGGAUUUCUGCGCAGAUAAUGGUCUGAAGAAUGUGAACCUUGAAGAGGUUUUCAGUGAAGACGAUUAUAAAAAUAUCAGCAAUUACAAGAUGUUCAGUCAGAAUAUGCGACCUCUUCUAGCUAAGGAAAAUCCAAAGAUCCCCCAGCAGAAGCUGAUCAUGUUGCUGGGCAUGAAGUGGAAGGAGUUUGUGGCCAACAAUCCUUUCAAAGGUGAGCGGCCACAGGAGACAUCGACCCCGGUCAUUGUGUCGGUGAAGACACCAGCGGAUUCUCCUGCUACCCCACAGAUAGAUGCAGAAGAGGAGGAGUCUGAUGCUGAUGAUGAGGAAAAGACGGGCUCGAAGAAAAGAUCAAAGUCUAAGAAGGCUGUAGCACCACUGAAAAUCAAACUGACGAAGAAGAGGAGGAGAAAGAGGAACAGUUCGGAUGAGGAUGGAGAGAAGGGCUUCAACACUAGUGAUGAAGAGUUUGAGAGACAGCUGGAGGAGGCAGCGCUUGUGAAGGAACAAGAGAAAGAAGGAAAGUCUGGAAAGAAGAAGACAAAGAAGGGACGGGGUGGAAGAAAGAAGAAGACGAAACUGACGAACAAAUAUCCCAAUGAUCCUGAUGCAGAAGGAUAUGAGACUGAGCACCAGGACUACUGUGAAGUGUGCCAGCAAGGUGGAGAGAUCAUCCUGUGUGACACUUGCCCUCGGGCCUACCAUCUGGUGUGUCUUGAGCCAGAGCUGGAGGAGGCGCCUGAGGGCAAGUGGAGCUGUCCCCACUGUGAAGGAGAAGGUAUCAAGGAACAAGAGGAGGACGAUCACAUGGAGUUUUGUCGUGUGUGCAAGGACGGUGGAGAGCUACUGUGUUGUGACCUCUGCCCCUCAGCCUACCACACACAUUGUCUCAACCCUCCCAUCAAGGGAGUGCCCGAUGGAGAGUGGCACUGCCCAAGAUGUUCUUGCAAACCUCUCAAAGGUAAAGUGAAGAAAAUCCUCACCUGGCGCUGGUGUGAGCCCCCCAAGACGGAGGAUGAGUUGGAUCACACACACCAUGACCCACCUAAGAAUCCCAAUCUGAAACCACUACGUGAGUUUUUUGUCAAAUGGACGGACAUGUCUCACUGGCACUGCUCCUGGGUGUCAGAGCUGCAGCUGGACGUGUACCACCCGGCCCUGUACCGUAACUACAUCCGGCGCGUGGACAUGGACGAGCCCCCUCCCCUGGAGGACGGCAGCAGCUACAAGGACAAGAUGAAGGAGGAGGACCCCCACAACCUGGAGGAGAGGUUCUACCGAUAUGGAGUCCGGCCCGAGUGGCUCAACAUACACAGGAUUAUCAACCACAUGGAAAUGGACAAAGGCACAUACUACCUGGUGAAGUGGCGUGACCUGCCCUAUGAUCAGGCCACAUGGGAGAAGGAGGAUGCUGACAUAGCUGACCUUCAGAAAGCAAUUGAGGACUACAGGAAUCUCAGGCUGGUGAUGUAUGGCAGUGAUGAGCCCCCUCCGACACGCAAGAAGAAGAGCAAAGGAAAAGGAAGGAGGGAGAAGAAAGACAUUGACGAUGAAAUACUGUCUAAGAUGCCUCCAGCUUAUCCCACAACAGAUUUACGCAAGCAGCUGGACAAGCAGCCUCCCUACCUGGACGACACGGGCGGGAAUCUUCAUCCGUACCAGCUGGAGGGCCUGAACUGGCUCCGCUACUCGUGGGCCAACAACACGGACACCAUCCUGGCCGACGAGAUGGGUCUUGGGAAGACCAUUCAGACCAUCUCCUUCCUCUACUCUCUCUACAAAGAGGGUCAUUGCAAGGGCCCUUUUCUGGUGAGUGCUCCACUGUCUACCAUCAUCAACUGGGAGAGAGAGUUUGAGUUUUGGGCCCCGGAUCUGUAUGUCGUCACUUACAUCGGUGAUAAAGAUUCUCGUACCGUCAUCAGAGAACACGAGUUUUCCUUUGAUGACAAUGCUAUCCGUGGGGGUUCGAAGGCGUCUCGUAUGAAACAAGGAUGCAGCGUCAAGUUCCACGUGCUGCUCACCUCCUACGAGCUAGUCAGCAUCGACACGGCUUGUCUGGGCUCUGUGGACUGGGCAGUGCUGGUGGUGGACGAGGCUCACAGGCUGAAGAACAACCAGUCCAAGUUUUUCCGAAUCUUGUCCAACUACAAACUGGGUUACAAGCUGCUUCUGACUGGCACACCGCUGCAGAACAACCUGGAGGAGCUGUUCCAUCUGCUCAACUUCCUCACCCCAGAAGGCUUCAAUGACUUGCAAGGUUUCCUGGACGAGUUUGCUGACAUUUCCAAGGAGGACCAGGUGAAGAAACUCCACGACAUGUUGGGCCCUCAUCUACUCCGUCGUCUCAAGGCUGACGUGCUGAAGGGCAUGCCCUCCAAGUCUGAGUUUAUCGUCAGAGUGGAACUUUCAGCGCUACAGAAGAAAUACUACAAGUAUAUUCUAGCAAGAAACUACGAGGCGCUGAAUGUGAAGGGCGGAAGCAACCAGACUUCUCUACUCAACAUCAUGAUGGAUCUGAAGAAGUGUUGCAACCACCCGUAUUUGUUCCCUGUUGCUGCACAGGAAGCCCCGCGCACACAUAAUAACGCGUUUGAGGGUUCGGCGCUGAUCAAAGCCUGUGGCAAGCUUGAGCUGUUGUCUAAGAUGUUGAAGGAGCUCCAUAGUACAGGACACAGGGUGCUCAUCUUCUCACAGAUGACAAAGAUGCUUGACUUGCUGGAAGAUUUCCUGGAGGCAGAGAACUACCGCUAUGAGAGGAUAGAUGGUGGCGUCACUGGCAUACAGAGACAGGACGCUAUCGACAGGUUCAACUCAAAAGAAGCGCCAGCGUUCUGCUUCCUGCUGUCUACCAGAGCAGGUGGUCUUGGCAUCAACCUGGCCACAGCAGACACGGUUGUCAUCUAUGACUCUGACUGGAACCCGCAUAAUGACAUUCAGGCGUUUAGCCGUGCCCACCGAAUCGGUCAAGCCAACAAGGUGAUGAUCUACCGGUUUGUGACCCGUAACUCUGUGGAGGAGCGCAUCACGCAGGUGGCCAAGAGGAAGAUGAUGCUGACCCACCUGGUGGUGCGGCCCGGCCUGGGGAACAAGGGCGGAGCCAUGAGCAAGAAGGAACUGGACGACAUUCUCAAGUUUGGUACCGAAGAGCUCUUUAAGGAUGACGAGGCCAAGGAUGGUGCUGAGGAUCGCAUUGUGUAUGACGAAGAGUCUGUGAAGAAGCUGCUGGACAGGACCCAGGCGGGCCAGGAGGAGAAGGAGAUGGCGAUGAACGAGUACCUCAGCUCCUUCAAGGUGGCCAACUACACCAUCAAGGAGGGAGAGGAAGAGGAUGAGCCAGAGACGGAGGUGUUGAAACAGGAGGCAGAGCACGCGGACCCGGCGUACUGGGAGAAGCUGUUGAGACACCACUACGAGCAGCAGCAGGAAGACCUCGCUCGAACUCUUGGCAAGGGCAAGAGAAUCCGCAAACAGGUGAACUACAACGAUGCCAUGAAUGGACAUGAUGAAGAGGCGUGGAAAGAAAAUCUUUCCGAUUAUGAUUCAGAUUUCAGCCAAGGUGGGAGGGUCAACGAAGAGGACGAUGAUGACUUUGAUGACAAACAAGAUGGCCAGACAGCGUCCACCCGAAGCCGCAGAAGGAAUGAGAAAGACCGCCCUCUGCCUCCACUCCUGGCUAGAGUCAAUGGGCAGAUUGAGGUACUGGGGUUCAAUGCUCGGCAGCGGAAAGCCUUCCUGAAUGCUGUCAUGAGAUGGGGCAUGCCCCCACAAGAUGCCUUCAACUCUCAGUGCCCUUUCUUUGUCAGGUUGGUGCGAGACUUGAGGGGCAAGACUGAGAAAGUGUUCCGAGCUUACGUGUCUUUGUUUAUGAGACACUUGUGUGAGCCGGGGGCUGACAACGCGGAGUCCUUCGCUGAUGGUGUGCCCAGGGAGGGCUUGUCUCGACAGCAUGUCCUCACCAGGAUCGGCAUCAUGUCCCUAGUCAGGAAGAAGGUGCAAGAGUUCGAGCUGAUCAAUGGCACUCACAGCAUGCCCUAUGUGAAGGCUGGCGACGCCAUCGAGAAGCUGAAGACUGAGGCUGAGGCAGAGAAGGAGGCAAAGGAAGCCAAAGCUGCCAAGAAACUGGAGAAAGCCGAGAAGGAGAAAGAGAAGGAAAAGGAGAAGGAGAGCAAGAAGGAGGAGAAGGCAGAGGACAGCAAAGGCAAAACGGAGGAACCAGCAGUCAAAGAGGAAGAAAAGAGCAAGACAGAAAAUGUGAAGACUGAGGAGAAAACCGCAGAAGGUUCAGAGGAGAAAAAGGCAGAUGGUGAAGUGGCAGAACAGAAGGAGGAAGCGAUGGAGGUGGAUGAGAAGAAGGGUGAAGAAGAGAAAGAGAAGACUGGUGAGGAAGCGAAAGAGGCUGAGGUGAAGCCAAAGGCAGAGGACGAGGACAAGAAAGAGGACAAGAAAGAGGAAAAGAUGGAGACAGAUGAAGCUGAAACUGAGAAAGAUGAGGCCAAGGAGAAAGCUGCUGAUGGGAAAGAGGAGACAAAAACAGAAGAGAACAAAGACAGUAAAGAAGAAUCUGCGACUAAAGAGGAAGCUGAGAAAGACAAAAAAGAGGAAGACGGAAAGGCUGGGGAAAAGAAGGAUGAAGGGGAGAAAAAGGACGGUGAGAAGAAAGAAGAAGAAAAGAAAGAGGACAAGGAUUCCGCCUCUGGUGGCAGCGGGGAACCAGCGAAGGAGGAGGAGAAGAAAGAAGAGAAGGAGAACAGCGAGGAGUCCAAGAAACAGGACGAGCUGUUCCAGAAGUUUAUGUUCAACAUUGCGGACGGUGGCUUCACCGAGCUACACACACUCUGGUCCAACGAGCAGAGGGCGCUGCAGAAGGGCCGGGAGCACGAGGUCUGGCACCGUCGCCACGACUACUGGCUGCUGGCCGGCAUCAUCACGCACGGUUACGGCCGCUGGCAGGACAUUCAGAACGACAUCCGCUUCCAGAUCAUCAACGAACCCUUCAUCUCGGAGCAGGGCAAGGGCAACUUUCUGGAGAUCAAGAACAAAUUCCUGGCCAGGAGGUUCAAGCUGCUUGAGCAAGCUUUGGUCAUUGAGGAGCAGCUGAGACGGGCAGCCUACCUGAACCUGACCCAGGACCACGCCCACCCGGCCAUGGCUCUCAAUGCUCGGUUUGCUGAGCUGGAGUGCCUGGCAGAGAGCCAUCAGCACCUGAGCAAGGAGUCUCUGGGAGGCAACAAGCCAGCCAACGCUGUCCUGCACAAAGUGUUGAACCAGCUGGAAGAACUUCUCAGUGACAUGAAGCAGGACGUGUCUCGCCUGCCGGCUACGCUGGCCCGUGUCCCUCCGGUCACCCAGAGGCUGCAGAUGUCUGAGAGGAACAUCCUCAACCGUCUUGUCAACCCCACUGUAAUGCCCAGCACCAGCGGCGGGGCGGGAGGACAGCAGCAGUUCCAACAGUUCCAGUCACAGCAGCAGCAGCAGCAGCAGCA